GGCCAUUCAGUUGGUGCGUGUCGUCCGAACCGGCAAAAUGGUCGAAUUUCGAGUUACCCGCUUUUGUCUAUUGCAUUAUAUCGUAUUCGCCACAGUCACCACGACAAUCGGUGCUGAUGGAUCCGUUUACGAAAAGAUCCCUUUGGGAGCUAUUUUCGAACAAGGAUCCGACGAGGUGCAAACUGCUUUUAAGUUUGCUGUGCUCAAACACAACCAAAACAAUACUGCCAGAAGAUUCGAGUUACAAGCUUACGUGGAUCUUAUCAACACAGCAGACGCCUUUAAAUUAACUCGUAUAAUUUGUAACCAAUUUUCACGAGGUGUCUAUUCUAUGUUGGGUAGUGUUAGUCCUGAAUCAUUUGAUACACUACAUUCGUACAGCAAUACGUUCCAGAUGCCGUUUGUGACACCUUGGUUCCCAGAACAAGUUCUUUUACCAUCAUCAGGAAUGUUGGAUUAUGCUGUCAGUUUAAGACCAGAUUAUCACCAAGCUAUACUUGAUACAGUUCGAUAUUAUGGUUGGACAAGUGUUAUAUAUAUAUACGAUUCUCAUGACGGUCUUUUACGACUGCAACAGCUUUAUGAUGCUUUGGAUCUUGAACCUGAAAGUCUUAAAGUCGAGAUGGUGAAACGAAUACAAAACGUAUCAGAUGCAUUAAAUUUUAUACACCACAUCGAGAAAGCUAAUAGGUGGGGUCCGAAGAGAAUUAUUCUCGAUUGUCCAACUUAUUUGGCCAAGCAAAUAGUCAUAUCUCAUGUAAAAAACAUUCAACUUGGAAAAAGAACAUACCACUAUUUACUCAGUGGAUUGAUAAUGGAUGAUCAUUGGGAAACAGAAGUUAUAGAAUAUGGUGCUAUUAAUAUUACUGGAUUUCGAGUAUUAGAUGUAAAUGAACGAUAUGUAAAGCAUUUUUUGUCAGAAUGGAAAAAACUUGAUCCAAGUGAAUCACGAGGUGCUGGAAAAGAUACAAUUUCUGCCCAGGCUGCAUUAAUGCAUGACGCCGUGUUAGUAUUGGUUGAAACUUUCAACAAGCUACUGUGGAAGAAACCAGAAACAUUUAAGUUGACGACCAAAAGGACGUUGAUUAACGGCAAUUCUACUUCGUCUAGUUUUUCACCCUCCCAAGUAUUGGGAUUAGACUGUAAUGCUGGUCAUGGUUGGGUCAAUCCUUGGGAACACGGCGAAAAAAUAUCACGAUAUCUUAGAAAGGUGGCAAUAGAAGGAUUAACCGGACCUAUAAUGUUUAACGACGAUGGAAAACGUUACAAUUACACAUUACAUGUGGUACAAAUGACAAUAGAUAGCACAAUAACAAAAAUAGCAGAAUGGUCAGAUACAGAUGGUUUUAAAACUGUCAUUAGUAAACCGGAGAGGGUCCAAACAUUGGGUCACCCACAUAAAAGCAAUGCCACAUUGAUCGUGUUGACUAUAGCGGAAGAGCCUUUUAUUAUGUUGAAAAAAUCAGGAGAAGCUGUUAAUGGAAACGAUCAAUUUGAAGGAUAUUGUAAAGAUUUGGUAUCACUUUUAUCAGAGAAAAUUGGAAUUAAAUAUGAAUUCCGAUUAGUAAAAGAUGGCAAGUAUGGUAUAGAAAAUCAUGACAUGAAAGGUGGUUGGGAUGGUAUGAUUGGCGAAAUUAUAAGAAAGGAAGCUGAUUUGGCAAUAGCUCCUUUAACUAUCACUUCAGAACGGGAGAAAGUGGUUGAAUUCAGUAAACCGUUUAUGUUAUCGGCGGUGAACAUAAUGAUUAAAAAGCCAGUCAAACACAAGUCAGCAGCAUUUAGCUUUUUGUCUCCUCUAUCGCGGGAAGUUUGGAUAAGCGUUGGAUUCGCUUAUGUAGCAGUGGUGAUUGUUAUGUAUGUGGUAUCGCGGUUUUCUGCUCACGCUUCGGCAAGCGUACACGUCAGACCGGUGCACACCACUUAUGGUAUUAGUGGGAGUAGCAAUGGAGGCCAUGAACUUCAACAAACCAUUCCACCCCCUCCUCGGUUCGUCCAUAACCCGUUCACUUUGGCCAACAGUAUGUGGUUUGCCAUAGCAGCUAUUACCCAACAAGCCUGUGACAUUGCGCCAAGAACUACACCGGGCCGAAUAGUCGGAGCGUUUUGGUGGUUUUUCACGGUCGUGUUGAUAUCAUCAUACGUAUCCAACUUUACUGCAUACUUAAUUGUACAAAAAAUGGCGACUCCAAUUAGUUCACCUGAAGAUUUAGUAUCACAGACUGACGUCGAGUAUGGUGUUCUAUCUCAUGGGUCUACCCGAGAUUUAUUUAAAAGGUCUCAGAGUACGUUGUACAGCAAAAUGUGGCAGUUUAUGAGCACUAGGUCACAUGUGUUCUUAGACUCAUACGAACAAGGUAUCCGAAGGGUACGAAGCUCAAACGGCAAAUUUGCCAUGCUCAUCGAGUCGCCUAAGAAUAAUUACGUGAACCAGAGAAAACCGUGUGACACGAUGAAAAUUGGUCGCAACAUGGACGUCAAGGCAUAUGGUAUCGCUAUGCCGUUAGGAUCUCCAUUGAGAAAUCGAAUAAAUACUGCUAUUACCCAAAUGACUGAAAACGGAGAGCUACUAAAACUAGAGAAUAAAUGGUGGGAUGAUAGAGAUGAAUGUAGUCAUGAAGCAAAAGAGUCCUUCCGCAGUGCCGAACUAACAUUAAACAACAUCGCUGGUGUAUUUUACAUAUUGGUGUUGGGACUUAUCGUUGCUAUUGCAGUGGCAUUGUUCCAGUUUUGCUAUCGUAUGCACUCGGAUCAAGCAAACUCUAAGUUUCAGUUGCCCGAUGCAGUAAAAACCGUUGGCAAGUAUAAGAAUAACAGACACGACCCAGAGAAUGGCGUCAGGGAAACGCCAGUUGAUAUGUGCAGAGUUAUUGGCACGUAGAAAAAUAUAGCCGUUUGUCCAAAGUGCUUGUUAAUACGUUCCACUACUGAUGUCUUUUGAUGUAACAGUUCUAUGUUGAAUCUUAUGUGGAACAUAUAUACAUAUUUGAUAAAAAAAAAAACUCAACUCCUGAAAAGCAUUUGUCACUUUCCAGUAUGUUCGUUAUUGGAUAUUUUAUAACAUGAAAAUUGUACAUAAUCUGUUUAACAAGCAUGUAGUCAAAUACGCAAUGUUAAAACAAUAUCAUCAUCAGUCAUUAUCCUGUCUAUAUAAAUGUCAAAAUGUUUUAUUGAUUAUUCAUUAAUUUUUAAAAGUUUUUGUUAUAGAGUGACUGUAAUAUUUUAUAUCCCAGGGGAAAUUGUAAAUAAACGAUUUUAGUUAAUAAAAUAUAAUUUUGUUACUAAUGAAAAUGUUACGUUUAAUGAUGAAAAAUGUGCACUUAUUGUAUUAUAUUUAAUUCAAUAACAGUUUUGUGUUAAAGUUUGUUAUUUAAAUGACGGUAAUAAUAAGGAAAUAUUUAUGAUACAAUAAUUUUUAUGUUGACGUUGUUUGUUUUACACGUUUAUUUUGUAUUGAAACGAAUGAUAAAGAAAGAUGUGUUUUUUUGUAAACAAUGGAAAUAAUUAAAUUUAUUAAAACUUGU